AUGGAGCGCGGCGACCUUUCAGUAGCGCCAUUGUCCUACGAAGCCGGUAUCGAUGACAUCAAUACAUUCUACGCCUCUCCAGAGCCGGAGCCGGUUGACCAGCAGUUGGAAGUUGCCGACACGAUGAGCGUGAAUCACCACACCCACCACCUCCAGCAAGCGCAGCUGUUGGAGAAUCAGCUGGCGGCGGUCACAGACAUCGAGAAUCUGCCAGAGCAGGCGGUAUUCAGCUCCACCCUCGAGUCUUCCGCGAAUCCCACUUUCUUUCACGGCGGACUCCCACCCAAUCCGUACUCGCCGGUAGAGACGAGCAGCCAUUCCAGUCUGAUGCGCGAACUGAAACGGAGCACGAGAUCGCCCGGCGCUACACAAGCACGAUCGGCCUCAGAUAUCCCAAACAAGAAGACCACCAAAAAUCCUCGCUCUGUGAAUGACAGCGAAACGCCUGCGAAUAGGACGACUGCAAGGGAUCUGAACCCAAGUAGUGACAGGAGUCAGCUGCAGGCGGAGAUGCGGACAGAAGAAAAGGAUGGUGACUGGCCAGUCCAGGAUUCGCCGCCUUUGCCCAGGCUGGACCUUCGAGCUGGCACAAAGCUGGACCAUUCGCCAUUGAGCUCAAGUCGAUCACGAGACGGACUGCAGGACCUCGAAUAUUCAGCUCUCCUGUCUACUGCGAGUAAUGCGGCCUUAUUGCAAUCGCUUAAGCGCAACAGGCAAAUGAGCUCGCCUCUCUCCGGUGACGUGUCGCAGCGAAAGAAGGCAAAAGUGACCGCGCUGCUUAGCACAAAGAGCCCUCAAGCUCUUUCCAACACAGAAUUGCAAUCACUGCAGUGUGCGCUACCGACCGCCGUCACAGCAGGUACUACCACCGUGCCUUCGCGGACUCUCCUGCCACUUCACGGCUCGAAUGAUCGGCCCACAAUGAACACUGAAGAUGGCUCCCCCAACACAACAAAUGAGCGCAAAGACCCCACUCCUAUGGAUAGGCCUGCGGCGAAAUCGAAUGAGCCAAAAAAUCGCGAGAAAGGGAUUGCGAAGCAAGAAGCUGGCCUACCCUAUACCUCUGGAGCUGUUAAGAGGCCUCCAAGGCACUCGCUGAGUGAGCGUGAGCUCAAAGAGCUCGGAGGCAUUGUAUCGAAUGCUGACAAGCAGUCUCCUCGCAAGACUAGGAUUCAGCGGACGGUAGAACAAGAGUCGCGACCGAACGCGGUUGCUGCUGCGAAGCGUCGCCACAGUACGAAUCCAAAGACGUAA